AGUUCCACCUAUAAAGACAGGAAUGAGGAAUACAAAAAACAGUUCACACAUCUCCCUGACACAGAGAAACUAAUAGCAGAUUAUGCUUGUGCUCUUCAAAGAGACAUUUUGCUACAGGGACGACUAUACCUUUCAGAAAACUGGCUUUGUUUCUAUAGCAACAUCUUCAAAUGGGAAACUACAUUUUUCUUUACAUCUUUUGGUGCAAGGGAUAGAAGUUACCUCAGCAUUUUCAGAUUAUGGCAGAAUGUAUUAUUAGACAAGAGCUUGACCAAACAGGAAUUCUGGCAGCUGGUACAGCAGAACUAUGGCCCUGAGCUAGGCUUAAGUGCUGAAGAAAUGGAAAAUUUGACACUGUCAAUUGAUGAUAAUGUGCAGCCGAGAAGCCCAGGACGAAGCAGUUUGGAUGACUCUGGAGAGAGAGAUGAAAAAUUAUCCAAGUCAAUCAAUUUUUCCCAUGAAUCUGAGAGUCGGGUUUCAGAAACAGAGUCAUUCAAUGGAAACACACCAAAAGGGGGGUUAGGAAAAGAAGAGCCCCAAAGUGAGAAACAGAUCAAGAAGAGUCCUUUACUACCUUCAGAAAAAAGCUUACGUAGCAUACCAUCAAAAUCUCUGGACUUGAAUACAAAUGAGUAUCUUUCCUUGGACAAAAGUAGCAGCUCAGAAUCUGUGAAUGAAGAUAAUAUUCCAGAGAAAGAUCUUCAUGGAAGACUUUAUAUUAACCGUGUUUUUCAUAUCAGCGCUGAGAGAAUGUUUGAAUUGCUCUUCACCAACUCACACUUUAUGCAGAGAUUUGCCAGUUCUAGGAAUAUAUUAGAUAUAGUAUCUACUCCCUGGAAUGUAAAAUCUGGAGGUGAUCAAUUGAGGACCAUGACCUACACCAUAGUCCUUAAUAAUCCACUUACUGGAAAAUGCACCACUGCCACUGAAAAGCAGACGCUGUAUAAAGAAAGUCGGGAAGCACAGUUUUAUUUGGUAGAUUCAGAAGUUCUGACACAUGAUGUCCCCUACCAUGAUUAUUUCUAUACCUUGAACAGAUACUGUAUCUUCCGAUCUUCAAAACAGAAAUGCAGGCUAAGGGUUUCCACAGACGUGAAAUACAGAAAGCAGCCAUGGGGCCUCAUCAGAUCUUUAAUUGAGAAGAACUCCUGGAGUUCACUGGAAAAUUAUUUUAAACAGCUUGAGUCAGAUUUGUUAAUGGAAGAAUCUGCUGUAAGCCAGUCAAUUGAAGACCCUGGAAAACUUAGCAGCCUACGAAGGAGAAGGAGAACAUUCAACCGAACAGCAGAAAUAGUUCCUAAAGUUUCUUCUCAUCGCCCUUCUGGAGAAGUGGAUUUAGAUGUCAAAGGAGAUAUUACAGAAAAGAAAAAAGAAAUGGAAAGCUAUUACACCCCACUUGUUGUGGUGAUGAGUAUUUUCUUGCUGUUGCUCGUUUUGUUGAAUGUGACACUGUUUAUUAAGCUGUCCAAGAUAGAAUAUGCUGCUCAGUCAUUUUACCAUCUCCACCACAAAGACGAGAACUCGCUAAAUUUAGUCUCUGAUGUGGUGUCAAGAGCAGAAAAUCCUCCAAAGAACAAGGAUCAAGCGCAUCGAUUAAAGGGCGUGCUCCAAGAUUCCAUAGUGAUGCUUGAACAGUUGAAGAGCUCACUUGUUAUGCUUCAGAGAACCUUUGAUCUACUAAAUAAGAACAAGACUGGCGUGGCUGUUGAAAGCUAG